AUGGAGCCAGACAUGGAAGUUCUCAAUGGGACUGAACGCAUCUCUGCCGCCAACGGUGAGAUCACACUCAUUCCCACGCCCACAAACUCACCAGACGACCCACUGAACUGGAGCACGUGGAGACGGUACUGGCAUGCGUUCCUGGUCUUGGUGAUAGUCGCCUUUACCGCUGCCACCUCGAACGAUGCGGGGACGGCUGGCAACGGAAUGGUCGCUGAGUUGGGGAUCACCUGGGACCAGAUCAAUGUUGCCGCCGGGGUCUUGUUUGUGGGUAUUGGGUAUACCACGUUGCUGCUUGGCCCUGCACCUUUUCUGUACGGGAGACGCAUCUCGUACAUGAUUUGUCUGCUUUCGACGAUCGUUGGCUCGAUCUGGUUGGCUCGGACGCAGACUUCCGGCGAUAACAUCGGAAGUCAGCUGUUCGUUGGGGCAGCCGAGUCAUGCGCCGAAGCGCUGGCUCAGUUGUCCCUCUCUGAUCUGUUCUUUCAGCAUCGGAGAGGUCUCGUGCUUGGCUUAUACGUCCUGGCGACUAGUAUUGGCACCUUUACUGGUCCUUUGGUCGCCGGCUUUAUUGUUGACAGUGAGGCGCUAGGCUGGCGAUGGGUUGGUUGGCUCGCUGUCAUCAUCUCAGGGUUUUUACUUGUCUUGUUUUACUUUGGCUUGGAGGAGACUUCCUUCGAUCGGAAGAACCCUCUUCAAGGACACGAUGCACCGCCUACUCCACCGGGCGAGCUGACCGACCUUCCGCAGGACGGAAAGGAAAAGGACAUCGCCAAAGUAAAGGCUAUAUCCCCUCAUAUUCUCGACGAGGAAUGCGGUCAGCAGAAAGGGAAGACGUACCUCCAGCGCAUCGCCCUUAUCACCCCGUCGCCAACCUUGGUCGGCACGGGUUUCAAGCAGUACUGUCGCCGGCUGCUUCACACCCUGCGCGUCUUCACAUUCCCAGCAGUCAUCUACUCAGGAAUGCAGUGGGGCGCCCAGGAUGCUUGGUUGACCUUCUACCUGACCGUCGAAGAAGACAACUGGUACGAAGCACCGUGGUUCUACACCGACGCCGCCGUAGGCAUCAUGAACGUGCCAACCCUAAUUGGCGCGCUCCUGGGCUGUAUCUACGGCGGAUGGUUUAGUGACUUCUUCGUGCUGUGGAUGGCCAAACGCAACAACGGCAUCUUCGAAGCCGAGAUGCGUCUCUGGCUCCUCUUGCCGGUGGCGUUCAUCGGCCCAACCGGUCUUAUGCUCUUCGGUAUUGGUUCCAACAAUGGCAUGAGCUGGCCAUGGCCGUAUGUCGGACUGGGAUUCAUCGGCUUCGGCUGGGGCUGUGCGGGUGAUCUCAGUAUGGCGUAUCUUAUGGACGCGUAUCCGGAUAUGGUUUUGGAAGGUAUGGUCGGUGUGUCUGUUAUUAAUAACACUAUUGGCUGUAUCUUUACUUUCUCUGCUGGGUACUGGAUGGAUGCGCAGACUCUGUCGCAAGUAUUUAUUGCUAUUGGUGUGCUGAGCUUCUUCUUUAUCAUGACCACCAUCCCUAUGAUCUACUGGGGUAAGAAGUGUCGUCAGCUCACUCGGAAGCAGUACGAGACUUUCCUCCGGAUUCGUGAUGGUCCUGCAUAG